AUGAACACCUCAAAUCAAGGGAUACCACUUCCAAAAAAACAUAAAGGUGAUGGCCAAGCAAAAGUAGACGCUAAACUUGGUCCUGUUAAAGUGGAUGGCUCAGCUGGCGGUGGUGUUAGUACUAGCGGUAUGUGUGCUUGGGGACCUUGGGCCGGUGGAUGUGGACUGAUGAAGAAUUAG